AUGCGUUCAUCAACUUUGGUAUCACUCGUUGCUCUUGCUGCCCACGCACAAGCCGUACAACUCAGUAAAACAGAGUUCAACGUGUUGGUAUCUUCGAGACCAGCGUUGGUUCUGUUUACAGCAGACGGCUGCAAGGAGUGUGAUAGGGUGCAAGCAGUUCUGGACAGGGCAUCGUCAGCACUCACAAACACUGCCAUUGCUUCUGUCAACUGCAACGACGAACCAACUGUGUGCGAUGACUCUCAAGUCUUCACAGUCCCCACGUUAAAGUUUACAACCGGCAACAAUAAGCUGGUCACUUACAAAGAAGGUUUAGACGCGUCAUCGGUUGUCAAAUACAUCGGGCGGCAGUCGGGUUCUCCCGUUGUAGAUCUUACCGAAGAGAACCAUCUCGAUUUUGCGCGGUCAUCUCGAGUGGCAGUCAUUGCUUUUCUUGGCUCGGAUCAUAAGCCUGAGCACAAGACGUUUGGUGCUGUUGCCGAAAGAUGGCGAGCGCAUUACAGUUUUGGUUCUGUCCAUGGCCUUGAGAAAGACAGCAAGGGCCCUUCCAUUGCUGUUUACACGCAAGAGGAAGAGGAUCCUGCCUACUACCGCGGACCUUUCACCGUCACGGGCGUCGAGGCAUUUUUGCGCGAUGCAACCCAGCCACUGAUUCGCGAAUAUGAUCCCAUUGUUCAUGAAGAAGCGAUGAAGGAUGAGCGACCGCUGGCCCAGAUAUUCUUCAGCAAACGCGAUGAUCGGGCUGAGCUCGUAAAGUCUCUGGCUCCUCUUGCUAGGAAGUAUAAAGACCAGCUUUCCUUCGUGACAGUACUUGCACCAGAUUACCCUAAGAGAUGCGAGCAGAUGCACCUCAAUAAAGAAAUUAAGCGUGGUUUUGCCAUCGCAAAUCAGCAGGGCAGAGCGUAUCCCAUGUCUGAAAAGGUGUUCAACGCCAAUAGGGUCGCUAAGCAUGUGGCUGCUUACCUGGCUAGCUCAUUAACACCCAGCAUCAAGUCAGAGCCAGUGCCUGAGGUGUCAACAUCACAGCCUUUCUUGGCAAAGUUGGUGGGCAGUAAUUUUGACGACUUGGUAUUUGACAAGUCUAAAGAUGUCUUGGUUGAGUUCUACGUACCGUGGUGUCAAUACUGUACCGAUUUGCAUGCCGUGCUGGGCCAGCUUGGUUCUAAGUACGCAGAGCUUGGACUUUCUGAUAAAGCUGCUCUGGCUACGAUUAACGUCGAUGCGAAUGACGUACCAAUCGAGAUUGACUCGUAUCCUUCAAUCAGAUUAUAUCGUGCUGGUACAAAUGAGGUUGUUUCUUUCAAGGGCAACUUCACUGACAUGUUGACGGUUGAACAACUCGAUGCUUUCAUCGCUCAGAGCGGAAGUCAUGGGGUCAGUAUCAUGGAGCAGACCGAGCGAGGAGCUCGUGAUGAGCUGUAG